CACUUAAAGGUUCGACUGUCAACUCUUGCGCAAUUCAUUGAAUUUUACUUUAAUAGGCAAAAUCGUGCAAAUGUCAGCCCUAAUCCGAAAUUUGGGGGUCCGUAUCGCCUCUGCUGGUCUGGCGAGCAAGCACGUUUUGCCAAGUGUCAGCGCUCUUUCGCAUCGCUUGUCCAGUACGGCAGCUGCGGAUGCGAAGAAACCAGAGAAACCCACUGUGCGCAAGCCAGAUGCAGUUGCUCGAACCCAUUUGUCGGAUUUUGGUCGCUAUGUCGCCGAAUGUUUGCCUAAGUAUGUGCAAAAGGUCCAGCUUACCGCUGGUGAUGAGCUCGAGGUUCUCAUUGCACCCGAAGGUGUGGUGCCCGUGCUGCAAUUCCUGAAGGAUCAUCACCAGGCGCAGUUCACCAAUUUGGUUGACAUUGCCGGCAUGGAUGUGCCGUGCCGCGAAAAUCGUUUUGAGGUGAUUUACAACCUGCUCUCAUUGCGUUUUAAUGCACGCAUUCGCGUCAAGACCUACACAGAUGAGUUGACACCUCUGGAUUCGGCUUGUGAGGUGCACAAAGCGGCUAACUGGUAUGAACGGGAGAUUUGGGACAUGUAUGGUGUGUUCUUUGCUAACCAUCCCGACUUGCGCCGUAUUCUCACCGAUUACGGCUUCGAAGGUCAUCCACAACGCCGUGACUUUCCCUUGUCUGGCUAUGUUGAGUUGCGUUACGAUGAUGAGAAAAAACGUGUAGUAUGCGAGCCCUUGGAAUUGGCCCAGGAGUUUAGAAAGUUCGAUUUGGCAGCACCAUGGGAGCAAUUCCCUAAUUUCCGCAACGCGAAUCCCCCAGCUGAGGUGGUGCAACCAGCUACUCCGCCCAAAAAGUAGGAGGCACUAUGGCACUUUAUCACAGGCCAAUAGACAACUGUUAGUGUUUGUUAAAUGGUAAUUAGAUGGAAAUCAAUAAACAAAAUAAUUAAAACAGUGUGCCGAACUAA